UCCAGGGCGGCCAAGGUGGCGUCCCAGCAUUCUCACCUUCGCCACCCAACCCGAGUACGAUGAGCAGCAAGGACGACAUGAACGACGACGAGAUCCGCGAGCAAGAUCGCUUCCUCCCCACGGCCAAUAUCUCCCGUAUCAUGAAGGUAUCCCUUCCGAACACCGCCAAGAUCGCCAAGGAUGGCAAGGAAACCGUACAGGAGUGCGUGUCCGAGUUCAUUUCGUUCAUCACGUCUGAAGCAAGUGACAAGUGCCAGCAAGAAAAGCGAAAGACGAUCAACGGUGACGACAUCAUCUGGGCGAUGAGCACCUUGGGCUUCGAUUCGUACGUAGAACCCCUCAAGUUGUACCUCCAAAAGUACCGGGAGAGCGUCAAGGUAGAGAAAUCCGACAAAAAGGACAACGUCGGGUCGUUCGGCGCGUCGUCGUAAGCCGAUCCUGUUGCUGCUCGUACGUCGCUUGCGACCCUGCAAGUCGGCGGACGAUCACACCUCGUAGAUAGACACCUUCCUUGCUUUCCAUGUAAUCCCUAUGUAUCUUUUCCCUCGACGUUCAACGUUGCGAGGAUCUGUAUCCGUCUACGUCCAGCCAAGUUUGCUGCGCAAUCUACAGGUCGAUCGCCGUACACGUCCUUCUGCUUGACAGAAGUCAUGGCGCCGUUGUCCAUCAGUAGCUUCACACACGCGACAUGGGCUCGAAUCACAGCAACAUGAAGGGGUGACCACAAGUUCACCGGCUCCGCGGCAUGUGCGAUCGCACCUUUCUGCAGCAAGUACUUGAGCACGUCUCCGUGGCCUUGCGACGCGGCCCAGUGGAGCGCAUUCCAUCCAUGUUGGUCCGUUGCAUGGAUCAGGUCGGCGUCCGCGUCCAUCA